UAUCGCUACAGAGGUCACUUAACCCAGGAGGAGGACGCACCUUCUCUGACAGAGCUGAGGCAAAUUCUCUGGACAAACAGGAAGCCAGUGGCACCUGUCAAUCAAGUCUGGCCAAACCUCUACAUCGGAGACGAGUCUGUGGCACGAGAUAAAACCAGACUCUCGUCUCUGGGUGUGACUCACAUACUGAACGCCGCAGCAGGUCGACACCGGAUCAACACGGGCCAGCGCUUCUACAGUGACCUUGGAGUAGAAUACCACGGUGUUGAGGCUGCAGACCAUCCACAGUUUAACAUCCAGCCUUUCUUCAGGCCGGCCGCACAGUUCAUAGACAGUGCUCUUCAGAAAAACGGGAAGGUGUUUGUCCAUUGUGCCAUGGGUGUCAGUCGCUCUGGAGCUCUGGUUUUGGCGUAUCUGAUGAUCUGCCGGAGCCUGACGUUAGUGGACGCCAUCAUCGCUGUGCGUCUGAACCGAGACAUUGGACCCAACUCUGGAUUUCUGGAGCAGCUGAGACAGCUGGAUCUGAGCCUCAGGCCCCAGAGCAGACAGCUCACAGAGGAAGAGGAACACGCUGACAUAGCCGGAGAGAGCAGUUAGCAUUCUGCUUUCAUGCUGCUUGGCCGCAGACG